AUGAAUGCUGACCUUUCUCCAACCUCCAUACAAGACAUUGAUGCCAAACAACAAAUACAGGUAACUACAUUGCCAGUUGGUAAGAAUGUAGCACUAGCAAGGUUGUGGCUGCAAUUGUUGUGUUUUUGGGGAUAAAAGGGUCUGUUUCCAGUUGAGGCUCGCAUCUACUACAAGACCAUGGUGCUUGCCUACGGAGCUGUGAGGGGGAACGUCUCCUCCUUACCUUCAGGCUCUGAUCAGACCCUACACCCAAACGAGGGCACUACGUUCAUCCACCUCUGGCCUGCUAGCCCCCCCUACCUCUAUGGAAGCACAGUUCCCGCUCAGCCCAGUCAAAGCUAUUUGCUGCUCUGGCACCCCAAUGGUGGAACAAGCUCCCCCCACGACGCCAGGACAGCGGAGUCACUCACCACCUUCCGGAGACACUUGAAACCCUACCUCUUUGAGGAAUACCUGGAAUAUUAUAAAGUAAUCCUUCUUCCCCCACCCCCCCCAUUUAAAAAAAAAAAGGUGGUUGUCCCACUGGCUAUCAUAAGUUGAAUGCACCAAUUUGUAAGUCUCUCUGGAUAAGAGCGUCUGCUAAAUGACGUAAAUGUAAAUGUCUGCUAACUGGCUCUACUUCCUGUCGUGCCCCACUUCACCAUGUCUGUCUGUCUAUAUAGAAGGAACAAGCAUUGUUCAAGUAAUACCUUAGCAUUACAUUGAUUCAAACCAGAAGAACACAAAUAACUACAGUGGCUUGCGAAAGUAUUCACCCACCUUGGCAUUUUCAAAAAAAAAAUUUGCCUUACAACCUGGAAUUAAAGUGGAUUUUGGGGGAGUUUGUAUCAUUAGAUUUACACAACAUGCCAACCACUUUGAAGAUGCAAAUAUAUGUUUUAUUGUGAAACAAACAAGAAAUAAGACAAAAACGGAAAACUUUAGCGUGCAUAACUAUUCCCCCCCCCCCCCAAAGUCAAUACUUUGUAGAGUGACCUUUUGCAGCAAUUACAGCUGCAAGUCUCUUGGGGUAUGCCUCUAUAAGCUUGGAACAUCUAGCCACUGGGACUUUUGCCCAUUCUUCAAGGCAAAACUGCUCCAGCUCCAUUAAAUUGGAUGGGUUCCGCUGGUGUACAGCAAUCUUUAAGUCAUACCACAGAUUUUCAAUUGGAUUGAGGUCUGGGCUUUGACUAGGCCAUUCCAAGACAUUUAAAUGUUUCCCCUUAAACCACUCAAGUGUUGCUUUAGCAGUAUGCUUAGAGUCAUUGUCCUGCAGGAAGGUGAACCUCUGUCCCAGUCUCGAAUCUCUGGAAGACUGAAACAGGUUUCCCUCAAGAAUUUCCCUGUAUUUAGUGCCAUCCAUCAUUCCUUCAAUUCUGACUAGUUUCCCAUGAAAAACAUGGUGUUCUCGGGGUGAUGAGAGGUGUUGGGUUUGCGCCAGACAUAGCGUUUUCCUUGAUGGCCAAAAAGCUCAAUUUUAGUCUCAUCUGACCAGAGUACCUUCUUCCAUAUGUUUGGGGAGUCGCCCACAUGGCUUUUGGCGAACACCAAACAUGUUUGCUUAUUUUAUUCUUUAAGCAAUGGCUUUUUUUCUGGCCACUCUUCCGUAAAGCCCAGCUCUGUGGAGUGUACGGCUUAAAGUGGUCCUAUGGACAGAUACUCCAAUCUCCGCUGUGGAGCUUUGCAGCUCCUUCAGGGUUAUCUUUGGUCUCUUUGUUGCCUCUCUGAUUAAUGCCCUCCUCGCCUGGUCUGUGAGUUUUGGUGAGCGGCCCUCUCUUGGCAGUUUUGUUGUGGUACCAUAUUCUUUCCAUUUUUAAUAAUUGAUUUAAUGGUGCUCCGUGGGAUGUUCAAAGUUUCUGAUAUUUUUUUAUAACCCAACCCUGAUCUGUACUUCUCCACAACUUUGUCUCUGACCUGUGUGGAGAGCUCCUUAGUCUUCAUGGUGCGCUUACUUGGUGGUGCCCCUUGCUUAGUGGUGUUGCAGACUCUGGGGCCUUUCAGAACAGGUGUAUAUAUACUGAGAUCAUGUGACAGAUCAUGUGACACUUAGGUUGCACACAGGUGGACUUUAUUUAACUAAUUAUGUGACUUCUGAAGGUAAUUGGUUGCACCAGAUCUUAUUUAGGGGCUUCGUAGCGAAGGGGGUGAAUACAUAUGCACGUACCACUUUUCCGUUAUUUAUUAUUUAGAUUUCAGUUCACCAAUUUGAACUAUUUUGUGUAUGUCCAUUACAUUAAAUCCAAAUAAAAAUCCAUUUAAAUUACAGGUUGUAAUGCAACAAAAUAGGAAAAACACCAAGGGGGAUUAAUAAUUUUGCAAGGCACUGUACAUGUCCUGACCCACUGCUCAUCCGUUCUGUGUCUGUCUAGGUCUGUCAGAAGGUGUCAAGGACCACUAUGUGGAGGAGGCAGAAGCUAGUGCGUACGAGGCAGGAAGGACAGACGAGUCGUUUCUCAUUCAGAAACCUGCCACCCGAGCCAAAUUAGAGGCACGCGCAGAUUCGCUUCAGGUACCUCAUGCACGUGCACACACAGAGACACACACACCCCCACACACACACUGACACACACACAAACCCACACACACACACACACACACAUACACACACAGAGACACACACACACACACACACAACACACACACACACACAGAGACACACAAUAACCAGAAUGACAUUGCACCAAUCUUUUCCAAUGUCUCACAGUUACGCAGCUUUAUGAAUGUGUUAUGAAUGCCUUUUGUAGGAACCCUUAUCAGUAUUACUGAUAAACACAUAUUUCCGUAGGGGACCAACCCCGGGCAGCCCUCUGGCCUGCUGUUCAGAGAUGGGAAGAAGCGUAUCGAUUACAUCCUGGUCUAUAAGAAGUCCAGUCCUCUGGUGGAGAAGAGAGUCACCUUCGAGAGGAACCUGAGAGCUGAGGGGCUGAUGCUGGAGAAAGAGGUAGGGUAGGCCUACAUACUCUAAUAUACUAAAGUAUACAGUAAAUACCAGUGUUGUAGUACGUCUCGAGUCCGGUCUCCGAACCACAUAUUGAGUGUCUCUGUGUCGGAUACAUUUGUACUCGGUCUUGACUCGGUCUCGGACAGUGAGGACUGUCGUAAUUCCUUCCCGAGACCAGAGGAGUAAAAAAAAAACCUCAUAAUUAUCAGCUCCCAUUCAGUCAGCGUAUAAAUUUGCUUCGCCAGGCCAAAUAUAUACACUCCUUUCUUGAAACAUGAAUACAGUAUCUUAACAGCCUUUAUAUCUAUUAUAGAUAUAUGUUUGCCCAGUGGCGAACCUAUAGGCCUUCAGUGUGUGACAGGUUCGUGAUUCUGAAAGGACAGCAACCGUAACCGUAAUACCAGCGCACUCAUGUAGGAGAGUGCACUUUUUGUAAAACACAAAGGGCCAGUGGUGUAGCGGAGGGUAUACUCAGGUAUAAACCGUAUACCCACUUCUUAAUCCCUACUAAUGUGUAUCUAAGUAGAGUAGUGGAGGUUUACGAUUUAUCAAUUAUACAAUCGAGAAAUCAUGCACAAAGUAGCUUACACAAUCGCAAAGCACGUGAAAUAUAUUCACACACAUAGCCUAGUUUCAGCGGAAUAUCAUCUGCAGGCAGCAAGAGUGUGCAGUUCUCAACUGGUUUUGGCGCAGCUCACAGAAGAAUGACAUCGGUAGCCGGUAGGGUAGGAAAGACGUUUCAACUUAUGAUAUCUACCAGGAAAUGCUAACUAAGGCAAUAAUGGGUAUGCAAACCAGGUAUUGAAAAAGUUUAGUCCAAAGUGUUGGUUAGUAGGCUAUUUGUGAUGCGCAAUUGUCAUCAUGAGCUGUUUUCAACAGGGGCGUAGACAUGGAUGGGCCUGGGUGGACAGAGGCCCACCCACUGGGGAGCCAGGCCCUGACAGGCCCACCCACUGGGGAGCCGGGCCCUGACAGGCCCACCCACUGGGGAGCCGGGCCCUGACAGGCCCACCCACUGGGGAGCCGGGCCCUGACAGGCCCACCCACUGGGGAGCCAGGCCCUGACAGGCCCACCCACUGGGGAGCCGGGCCCUGACACCCAAUCAGAUUGAUGUAGUUUAAGCAUUGUUGUGGACCAUCACAUUUUUGUAUAUUUUUCUAUUUUAAAUAAAGUGUGAUUUCGAGAGUGAAAAUCUGAUACAUCUAUAGGAAAACUAAUUUUUAAAAACAUAGGAUUUUUCACACAGGGUGCCUUUCCGUCACUGGGUGGGCUGUUUGGGAACUUUUAGGCAACAUUUGAGUUAACCCACUUCUCCAGGCACCACUACACCACUGGAUAGGGCCGAUGGAAAGACAGCAGUCACACAGCAUGAUGUUAAAGGAUAAGCAGUCACACAGCAUGAUGUUAAAGGAUAAGCAGUCACACAGCAUGAUGUUAAAGGAUAAGCAGUCACACAGCAUGAUGUUAAAGGAUAAGCAGUCACACAGCAUGAUGUUAAAGGAUAAGCAGUCACACAGCAUGAUGUUAAAGGAUAAACAGUCACACAGCAUGAUGUUAAAGGAUAAGCAGUCACACAGCAUGAUGUUAAAGGAUAAGCAGUCCAUCAACUCGUACAUAAUAAGCCAGUAGGUCCCAAUCAGAAGAAUACAAAAACACGACCAUUAAGCAUUUACCAAUCGAAAUGUACAACUAUUACUUCCCAUUGCAAAAAACAUUUCACGUAUAGCACAAAGUAACCUGAGACCUAAAGUUUAAAGUGGAACUGACAGCGUUUUAACUACUUUGCAGAUAUGAAACAAACAGACAAUCAUAAUAUCAGUCAAAAAUAACAAAUCUCCAGUUUAUGCUACAAAACCAACUUUAUAAGAUGUUUUAAAAAUAGGUUCUAUUUGACUCAACAUUCCAUGACGUACACUAAGGCAUUGUUGGCAGAAUAGAUGGAUGCAGUUCAAUGCAUGAUUCAUAUAAUUCACCAAUACAUUUCUUGGUAGUCCCAAACAGAUUGCUAUCAGGUUGUAAAUCACAGCUGGCCUGGUACAUUGUUUGCUGCCUCCAUUCGGGAAACACUGUUUCAGUUUCCAUGACUCAAUAUUCUGGACAAAAACGGACAAAUGUAACUAAGGCUGGGAAUGUCAAUACAUUCAAACUAGCAAGGGCAAUGAUCACAAGUCAGUCAUAACGUGGCUAAUAGGUUAGCGUAUCUAUUUAUGUAGCAAGCUAAAAACACAGAGCCUAACGUUAGCUAGAUAGCUAGCUGCUAGGAGGAUGUCAUGCCAUUGGAGGAGUGGGUGAGUGACUGACUUUUUCCCCUCAUAUCGUUUUUCGGUGGCUAUACACAGCUAGAGAUGCAGGUGUCAUUUGGUUAGCUAGCAAGAACUUGAACGACUGUUAUCCAGUUAGCAUAUCUCUUGCGUUCGCAAAUUCACUCUGGCUAUCUACUCCGAUUUCAGAGCACUCUCAUCUGAGUGUGCCAGAGCGCAGAAUAACUGAUGUAUUUACGAACACGCAACAUGACCGGUAUCACUAAAGUAGAUAAAAAAAGUACUAUUUAGUCACCAACGCUCUAGAUAACAUGUAAACAGCCUAACCAGCUCUGCUACGCCGAGUAAAAUGGUCAGAGUGAGGUGUUCUCUCAUUUGUGUCUGGAAGUAGCCAGCAAGCUAGCCAACUUUAGCUAGCUUGGGUGCUUGGUUGGGACAAACAUGCAUUGGCAGGCAAGCUGCUGAAGGACGAGGAGGCUACAUUUACCCAUCGUUUAUCAGUGCAAUUUUGACGGCCAACUAGCUGAAAAAGUUUGAGAGGGUUUAUCUAAUGUUCCUUCAUUAGAUUUUAGCUCAUCUUGCUCUGGCUAGCGUUAGUUGUUGUUGUUGUUGUUGUUGUUGUUGAUGUGCAUAAAUGAGGGAGACAGAGCCUACCUUUUCAUGGUUGUUUGAACAAUAGGAAUGUGAAGUUCCCAAAUGUGACCGACCGCCUUGAAUCGGUCUUAUGUAGCAACAUUUGAAAUUGUGUUUUUUUUACAUUGGAUAAAAGUUGAGACUCAGAGCUACAAAAUGGUAUAUCAUACACUGCAUUUGAGGAACAAUUGGAAAGUAAUUCUGCUUUGAAAGUUGAUAAACUUGUAACCCCACUUUUUGAGAAAAUGGCCGAUGAAUGUUUUUGCUACUGGAUAGCUUUUCUUUGUCUACACCCAUUCAGCAUUAUUCACACCCUCUUAAGCCUUAGCCCCACCCAUCUCUUUAAGGAUUCACGUGUGAGGUCAUGUGCUAAAGGUCAUGUAGUGUGGUAAAGAUUAAGUCUAAAAGUGGUAAAAGUAGUAGCCGACAAUAAGGAAACAUUUCAGGUAAACAGAAAGUGUCCAAGAUAAAAAUAUUUUUAUAAAUAUUAGAUGACGCUUACCCAGACACACUUGUCUAAAUUGAUGGGUCAUGUGAAAGAAAUGCUAUAACCCCCAGCCACAUCUUGCUAAGUGGAUGGGUCUCUACAGAAGGUGUAAACAGUACAGCGAAAUGGUUACUUGCAUAGUAGCAAUAUCAAAAAUAGAUAGUGUCAAUAUAAAGAAAAAAAUAACAAGUGUCAAUGCCAGUAGAGAAAAAACCAAAUAAUAUACAGUAUGUACAAGAACAAUAUCAGUGAUACUGGUGAUAGAUGAGGUAGUUAUAUGCAUACAAUCAGGGGUAAAAUGGCUGAGCAGCAGGAUAAAAAAUAAAAUUGUAGCAGCAACGUAUGGCGUGUGUGUGUUAGGAGAGACUCAUGUGAAUGUCCAUAGAGGCACUGCAGAUAGUAUGAAAAUGUAUGCACUCACUAACUGUAAGUCGCUCUGGAUAAGAGCGUCUGCUAAAUGACUAAAAUGUAAAAUAGUGCUGAUGACUGGGAACUCGCCCCCAGUGGUGAACUGGUCCGUCCGAACCACGCGUGAACAAGGGAAUCUAUAUUCGGAGAGCCUGUUUCUGUCCUGCCCUUGACUUUGGUGCAGGGCAUGUGAUGUCCAUAGCCUCUUCGUUGCAAAACUCCCUGAUCUUCUCAAAAAGAUAAGUUUGUCUAGCUGUGUCCAGUCCAGGUGGUGCUUGUAUAGGCAGACCAUCUAUGGGAGGAAGGAUGUCAGCGUUGCGCAGCAGCUGAAACCUGGUCCCGACUGAGUCAGAACGCUCAGACCAUCUAUGGGAGGAAGGAUGUCAGCGUUGCGCAGCAGCUGAAACCUGGUCCCGACUGAGUCAGAACGCUCAGACCAUCUAUGGGAGGAAGGAUGUCAGCGUUGCGCAGCAGCUGAAACCUGGUCCCGACUGAGUCAGAACGCUCAGACCAUCUAUGGGAGGAAGGAUGUCAGCGUUGCGCAGCAGCUGAAACCUGGUCCCGACUGAGUCAGAACGCUCAGACCAUCUAUGGGAGGAAGGAUGUCAGCGUUGUAGAGCAGCUGAAACCUGGUCCCGACUGAGUCAGAACGCUCAGACCAUCUAUGGGAGGAAGGAUGUCAGCGUUGCGCAGCAGCUGAAACCUGGUCCCGACUGAGUCAGAACGCUCAGACCAUCUAUGGGAGGAAGGAUGUCAGCGUUGUAGAGCAGCUGAAACCUGGUCCCGACUGAGUCAGAACGCUCAGACCAUCUAUGGGAGGAAGGAUGUCAGCGUUGCGCAGCAGCUGAAACCUGUCCCGACUGAGUCAGAACGCUCAGACCAUCUAUGGGAGGAAGGAUGUCAGCGUUGCGCAGCAGCUGAAACCUGGUCCCGACUGAGUCAGAACGCUCAGACCAUCUAUGGGAGGAAGGAUGUCAGCGUUGUAGAGCAGCUGAAACCUGGUCCCGACUGAGUCAGAACGCUCAGACCAUCUAUGGGAGGAAGGAUGUCAGCGUUGUAGAGCAGCUGAAACCUGGUCCCGACUGAGUCAGAACGCUCAGACCAUCUAUGGGAGGAAGGAUGUCAGCGUUGCGCAGCAGCUGAAACCUGGUCCCGACUGAGUCAGAACGCUCAGACCAUCUAUGGGAGGAAGGAUGUCAGCGUUGUAGAGCAGCUGAAACCUGGUCCCGACUGAGUCAGAACGCUCAGACCAUCUAUGGGAGGAAGGAUGUCAGCGUUGUAGAGCACCUGAAACCUGGUCCCGACUGAGUAAGAACGCUCAGACCAUCUAUGGGAGGAAGGAUGUCAGCGUUGUAGAGCAGCUGAAACCUGGUCCCGACUGAGUCAGAACGCUCAGACCAUCUAUGGGAGGAAGGAUGUCAGCGUUGUAGAGCAGCUGAAACCUGGUCCCGACUGAGUCAGAACGCUCAGACCAUCUAUGGGAGGAAGGAUGUCAGCGUUGCGCAGCAGCUGAAACCUGGUCCCGACUGAGUCCAAACGCUCCUUGGCGACAACAACACCAGGCUCCAGAGCAUCAAAGCUGUAAAACAGGAAAUAACCAAAUAAAUUUGAGAAGACAUUACAACCUCGCAUAACAUCAAUUCACCUCCCAAGUUUAGAUAAGAAGAAUAACCUCAUACAAUGCAAUGAAAAUUAUAUUCACCUGAAGUGCUGGUACUGCUUGAUCUGUGGCAGCGGCCUGAAGUACGGAGUCAUGUGUUGUUGCCAGCCAUCGCUUUCCACCAGCACCGUACCAUCCUCCAGUCCAACCAGCUGUGGGAUGUUGACCCCUGUCACGGUGCUGUCCUUCACAACACCAGCAAUCUCGGACAAAGUGUUCACUCUGGUCUUUCUGAAGCACCGCUUGAUGAGGCCGAAGCACCAGUCGGGGUAAAACUUGGUGUGGCCUGUGAUCAGGAAGUGAAGGUCCAGACUGUGGUGUGGCCUGUGAUCAGGAAGUGAAGGUCCAGACUGUGGUGGAGCUGGUCUGACAGGGCACAAUACCAGAGCACAACUUGUUCUUGUUUUGGCUGCUGCAGUUGAUCACAAUUCAGGUCCACACGUGUUUCCCCGACUCUGUAGUUGGUGAAGAAAUGGUGCAUGUAGUUGAUGACUGCGCUGCUGCCUUUGCUGGAUGACAUGCAUUCAUCAAUCAAGUAGUUGACUUGUUGACUGGUGGGGGAGAGUCAGGCGUGGUCUACUGAUGCUGAAAGACAAAUUCCAGACACAAAUAUUUUAGCAUUAUUAUACAAUAGAUUGCCGUAAUCACCGUCAGACACACCUGGCUAAUUUGAUGGGUCAUGUAAUCAUCUGGCAAAGUCAAGUCUUUUGUUUAGACAUGUAGCUAGCUAGCUAAACAAACAUAACCAUAAUACCAAUCCAGAGAGUACUAGCAAUACAAACAGAUUGUCAUAGCUAGCUAAAGUUAACCAAAUAGGUGCAAUGUUAGCUAGUUAGCUAGCUAACAUUAGGCUAUAACUAGCAAUGCAAAUUGAUUUUAAAAAAACGCUUCACGGCAGACUGCAGCCCCUUUCAUUAAAUAAGACGUCCUGUGUCGUUUCCGUUUUUGGUUUGUACAGCUUGCUUGGCCCGUUCUGUCGAGUCACUCUGGUUCACACUGACCGUGUGCAAUGCCAUAAGAAUCAUCAGAUCUUUCUCCCCUCUCUGUCACGGAUGCCAUGGUUGCCCUUAGUUUGAAGAUGUAAUCCGGAGACAGGUGUUUUAUACAACAGCUUUCUGUGUUCUCUUUUCGACUCCCUCCGCAUUUGCAAUCAAACGCCAGAAUUGUAUUAAUUAAUCUCCUUAUCAUACUCCGCUUCUACCAGACUUUCCACUGAUUUCAAAACUCGGUCAACUUCUUCAGUGACAACAACACUGUUGAUCGCCGUUUCUUCCCCAUCACUGUCAUCAGAAGACUAUACAAUGUCUUCUUCAAUUAAAAUGUUUUUACCCAAAUCAGGGAUUUCCUCAUCGUCUGAUUCAUUAUCAGAGUCAGAAAGAGUCAGCAUGGUACCGGCGUCCUCCUGAAAGUAGUCCAUCACAACCUUUUCCCACCGGCCAAUGCGAAAUUCAUCUCUCGGCAUGUCCAGCCCAUUCAUUAUCUCAGCCAAUCAUGGCUAGCGGGAAGGUUCCCAGUCUUUUCCUGUGGCUAAAACCAACUAGGCUCGUAAUUUAACAAUAUUAUUCAUAUUUACAGAUGGCAUACAAGUUUGUUAUUAAGGCACAUUCAUGUUCAAAUGUUCCAGAAGGCAUUUCUGCCAAAAAACACAUUUUGAUACAAGAAUAAAAAAAAAACAGUUCCAAUGCUUCUCCUGUGAAGUCGUGACUUGCGACAUAUGCCUAGUUUCCUGAAACGAGUCACAAAUGUAAGAGGACACCCCGUGGUGUUUUACAUAUUUGCAGAAAUCCAUUCAGGUGUAUUUUGUGGCUUUUGACAAAUGCCUUCUAAUGAUCUAACGUAGCGCUGUUGCAACUGCCUGUAAACACACAGUCCAGGUCAAAGUGAAUGAUGGCAGGCUCAUGUGGCAAAUGGUUUGUUUGUAUAGAGGUCUACUGUAGCUCUGAUUGGCUAUAGCGCACCGGUCUGUGUAGACUCCGGUCCUAGAGUUCGGUUUUAUUUACUGCAGUGUCUAUUAAUUGUCCAAACGCACGGCUGCUUUCCCACUCUAUAUUGAUAUAGAGUUUUCACAAAUGCCUUAAUAUACAUAAUUCCCAAACAUUAUAAGAAUUUAUGAAAACGGGAAAAAUGACCAUAUCUAAGUGGUCGCUUGUCAGAAAAUGUUUUUAAAAAGUGUCAUAUUCUUCCUGGGGGUGUAUAUGAACAGAUUUUAAUAAGAUUUCAUGUUGCUAAAAUGCUGUCAGUUCCACUUUAAAUACAACAAUGUUUCUCACACAAAAAAUUAUUUUCAAAGAGAUGGCUAACAACAGCAAGCGCACUGCAAUAAAAACCACAGUUCCACUCACCACAUGAUGAUCAUUUGAAAGUUAUUCUUGAAAAGGGAGAAGCUAACAAAUUAGCAACAACAUCCUCUUUGAUAACACCUGCUGCAGCCGCUGCAAACUAGCCGACAACAAAAGCUAGCUAGCUAGACCGCGGGAAAACUACUGCUCGCUAUUGUGCAGUGACCUGUUGGCCUUCAAGAAGGCAGAAGUUUCCAUACGUUUUUGUAAAAAACGGUCCCACCCAUUAAGUCAAAAUGUGGUUGAUUCCACUGUCACUCCAACAUUUUGCCCUUACAUUUUUAGUCAUUUAGCAGACGCUCUUAUCCAGAGCGACUUACAGGAGCAAUUAGGGUUAAGUGCCUUGCUCAAGGGCACAUCGACAGAUUUUUCACCUAGUUGGCUCGGGGAUUAGAACCAGCGACCUUUCGGUUAUUGGCACAACACUCUUACCCACUAAGCUACCUGCCCUAAUACAGCUUAAUGGCAUAUGCCUUUAUCUAGCUUCUGAUGGCUGAGCCAAUGGCUGACUUAGCUAGCUAGAUUUAUCUCCCCAGAGACAGCAAAGGAAAAUCCUGAUUGGAUCUUUUUUUCUCUUCCGCGUUAACCCUUUCCUUUCAAACAAAAACGGAAUACUACUGUAUACUACAACUACAUUAAUAUAGUACAUUACUACUGUAUAAUACAACUACAUUAAUAUAGUACAUACUCUACUACUGUAUACUACAACUACAUUAAUAUAGUACAUACUUUACUACUGUAUACUACAACUACAUUAAUAUAGUAAAUACUCUACUACUAUAAAUUUAGCUAUUUGGUAAAUGAUAAAAAGAGAUUUGACACUCGUGACUAUAUUCUCAAAUAUUGUCAUCAGAUUGUCAGAUACUAGUUUUUGUCAAAAGCUAAUUUCUAGUUUUGUGCCCUCUAAAGCCGUCUCUGACCAACACCGACAUAAUGUUUGUGAAGAUCCAUGCUCCGUGGGACACGCUUUGUAAAUACGCUGAGCAGAUGAACAUCAGGAUGCCAUUCAGGUAACACUUCAUAUGAAUACCCUCUUCAUAAUGCAUUAUAAACGCAUCUAUAACACCUUAUGAGCUAUACAUAAUGCAUUAUAAUGCACGACACAAGUGUUAAUAACUGGCUUAAUCCGUUGGAUUCUUAGACCCCCAUCCCACAAUGAUCUAAUUUAUUGUUAUAUAUCUUUCAGAAAAAAAAGUUACUUUACAGAUUGGAAGAGCAAAGCUAUGGGCGGGUAAGUGGACUUUCAGUGUGAUUGUAAAGUUCAGGCACAGUGUGCUGCUGAGCUGAAUUGCUGAGCACUGCAGAGCACUACUAAUGAAAUACACUAUCAGGAGCAUUCAGCAUAGCUGGAGUGACUCUGUUGUCUCAAGAUGAGAGAUCUAGCUGUUAUUUCAAUCGGCCAUCAGGGAGUUAGAUGAUCUAGCUGUAAAGAUGCAGCCAUCAUCGGCCAUCAGGGAGUUAGAUGACUUAGCUGUAAGAUGCAGCCAUCAUCGGCCAUCAGGGAGUUAGAUGAUCUAGCUGUAAAAUGCAGCCAUCAUCGGCCAUCAGGGAGUUAGAUGAUCUAGCUGGAAGAUGCAGCCAUCAUCGGCCAUCAGGGAGUUAGAUGAUUAGCUGUAAGAUGCAGCCAUCAUCGGCCAUCAGGGAGUUAGAUGAUCUAGCUGUAAGAUGCAGCCAUCAUCGCCAUCAGGGAGUUAGAUGACUAGCUGUAAGAUGCAGCCAUCAUCGGCCAUCAGGGAGUUAGAUGAUCUAGCUGUAAGAUGCAGCCAUCAUCGGCCAUCAGGGAGUUAGAUGAUCUAGCUGUAAGAUGCAGCCAUCAUCGGCCAUCAGGGAGUUAGAUGAUCUAGCUGUAAGAUGCAGCCAUCAUCGGCCAUCAGGGAGUUAGAUGAUCUAGCUGUAAGAUGCAGCCAUCAUCGGCCAUCAGGGAGUUAGAUGAUCUAGCUGUAAGAUGCAGCCAUCAUCGGCCAUCAGGGAGUUAGAUGAUCUAGCUGUAAGAUGCAGCCAUCAUCGGCCAUCGGGAGUUAGAUGAUCUAGCUGUAAGAUGCAGCCAUCAUCGGCCAUCAGGGGAGUUAGAUGAUCUAGCUGUAAGAUGCAGCCAUCAUCGGCCAUCAGGGAGUUAGAUGAUCUAGCUGUAAGAUGCAGCCAUCAUCGGCCAUCUGGGAGUUAGAUGAUCUAGCUGUAAGAUGCAGCCAUCAUCGGCCAUCGGGGAGUUAGAUGGAAGAGGUUAACUGUCAAUUGAUCACAGAGGGUGAAUGUGUCAAACUGUCAUUUAGCUCUACCCCAGAGGACUUAAUUCAGGAUUUUAUUAAUUAAUUCAGGAUUAGUUUAUCCUGCUAUUUAAACCUGUUCUGUUCUGUGUGUGUGUGUGUGUGUGUGUGUGUGUGUGUAAGAAUGUGCGAUCUAAGCUCUUUUAAACCCAAUAAGUCACCCUGAAUAAAGUAAAGUGUCAGCAAAACAAACGAAUAAUAAUAAUACAGUCUCCUGAUGGAGAAGUUUAGGAAGGUUUAGAAAGACCAUUGUAAUUAUAAGACUAUAACAUACUGUAUGUGUAGAAAGGAUCAACAGUAAUGUCAUUGUGACACUAAUGUGAGAGAGUUUAGUCUGGUUUAACCAGGCUAGCUACAAUCACAACAAUCUCUAGGAUGAUCCUCGUAAUUCGUUCAUUAAUCCUCUAUUUUCUGCAGCCGGUUCCAUCUGAGGUGUCGUCAGAUAAAGAGUUGGUUACCCAGGAACCCCAUGAAGCUGGACAAAGAGGCGUUGCCUGACCUGGAGGAGACGGACUGCUAUACAGCCCCCUUCAGCAGGGCACGCAUGCACCAGUAG